AACAACACACAAAAAAAAGCAGAACAUUAUCCAAAGAUUAAUGAAGAACGAAGAGACAGAGCAAGAAGAAGAAGAAUUCAGUGAAUGGGUAGUGAUACGAACCUCACCCACAAGCUCACCAGUUGACGCAUCUACCCAUCAGAACUCACCUUUAUUACAACCAAGCCACUAUCCGCCAGAAGACGAUGGUGAAGAAGAUGCUGUCGUUCCCAUCGUCGGAGAAGAAGAAGGAGAAUCAUCCUCCUCCGCCGUAAAUCCCUCGCUGCUAUGGCGCAUCAUCGAGAUUGCCAAGAAGCGAGUGAUCAAGGACUUCCAAAGCGUCGAGAGGGCGCGUUGUAAUUACGUGACUCGUAGAAGGGUCUUAUGGUCAUUUACACUCAUUUGUGGUUUGUCCUUAGUCUCGAGCAUUGUUUAUGUGAAGCUUGUGAGAUGGUGGACACGAUUACAGGAAGAGAAGCUGAGAUUUCUGGUUCUUCUGCUCAGAGAGAAAGAUCAGAAAAUAAAGGAACUUAUGCUAGAAACUGGGAGAUUGAACGAGCUGUUAUCAUCAAGACGCAGAGUUAGAGUGGUUCGAAUCGUGUGACGCAUACGAGUAUAUUUGUAUAUUGGAUAUGAAGUGAAGAUCAUUUGCUAUUUGUUGUGUGAUUAGUAUACAUACAUAUGUAUUUUCACGUGUAUGUAAGAAUUAUAUAUAUGAAAAUUAAAGAAAGAUAGAGUGAGACACACUUUAAGUUUUGAUGUUAUAUGUUUUUUUGCUAUAAAGUAAUUAUUCUA